AUGAGGGGUGUAGCUGGUCUUGUUUUACUGCUGUCAGGUCUGCGUCUGAGUCGACCUUGUUACAGAGAGGCAACGAUUCUGAUCUGCCAGGAGAUCCCAUCACAUUUUGACCCCGGUUGUUCCACUCUGGUGAUGUUCCCUAAAAAUGUUGGAGAGAUCAACUCCACGGUGUUCCACAGCGACAGCCUCAUGUCCAUCACCAAGCUCACCUUCAACAACGCCGGUAUCACAGGAAUCGACGAAUCGGCCUUCAGCUCGCUUCCUAAUCUCAGAAAUCUCAGUUUAGAUGGGAACAUGUUGUCACAGAUGAGUCCAGGGUGGUUUGGAGAUCCUUCUGUCCUCACUGAGAUCAGUCUAACACAAAAUUUAUUUGAAGUUGUCGACAAGUUCAUGCUUCACGGACUCGUUAGCCUGAAAUCUCUGCGGCUGAAUGAGAACAGAAUCAGUGCAAUUGGUGUGAUGAGUUUCAGCUCCCUGACCACGCUGGCUGAGUUGGACUUGUCUGAGAACAGGUUGACUCGAGUCUCACCACAAGUCUUCAGGUCUCUAAACUCCACCAGGAUCAGACUGGACGGGAACCCCUGGGACUGUUCCUGCGGAGUCCAAGACUUUGUCGACUUCCUGAAAGAUCUACAGAGCAGAUCUCUGCUGGACAGACAGAUGGACGUGACCUGUGAGACUCCACCGUCUCUGAAGGGACGACCUGUUUGGAACGUGUCGGUCUGUAUGACGACAUCUUCACCUGAAUCACCUCGAAGCGACCACUCUGAUGGACCAACACUCCCUGCAUCCACUGCAGAAGUUGUGACAACUCCUUCACCAAGACCAACAUUAAAAACUGAAUCCUCAGUCCAACCUAAACCCACUGAAGCACCAAUACUCUCUACUCGCAGCGCAACACUUUCAUCAUUAGAAACUUCUGUCCAACCCAAACCCACUGAUAGUCUCACAUCAGUCACUACGUCUGCUUCAAACUCCGGACCUCAUGUGACGUCACCUCCGUCAGGUACAAACUCCUCCAUCCACCCUAAACCAACCAAGUUUCCCUCUAAACCUACAGAUCUGGCUGUUCCUACAUCAUCUUCAUCACAACCACCUCAAGAUACAAAUAUCAUCUGCAUACUCUCUGCUGUAAUCGUGGUCCUAUGUGUGCUGCUGUUUGUGGUGUGUUUCCUGGCUUUGCUACGCAGACGAAAAUGCAAAAACAAAACCGUGACGCCCGGAUGUCCAACAGAAGAGAAGAAGAAGAAGCUGGAGGAAGAAGAACACGGUUCGAGCAGAGACCUGGAGGAGCCUUGGAGGAAAUCUUUCACCGGAGUCAGAGCAAAGUCAGCAAAUGCAAUAAUCCUCACGUCUCAUUUUUGUGCAUCUGGGAAAGAUCAGGUGACUUUACAAAGUGAGAAAACAGAAAACCACGAGGAGAGGAAGCAGAAAGUGGUGGAUGAAAAUGUAGCAGAAGAAAGUCAGACAGAAAAUCUCACAAACACCACAGACAUAAUGCAGAAAAGUGAGAAAACAGUGGAUGUUGGUAGGAAUCUAGAAGAUCUUUGUGUGGUUCCUUAUCUGAGCAUCGGAACCAACCAGAACAAACAAAGUCCUGAUGAAAAAUCCACUGAAGGUCAAAGAACAAAGUUAGAAAAAGUCAUGGGGAGGAUCUCAACCUGGCCUCCGACUGCAGCUCAGUGGCAGGAAAGAUGCAAAAUGAAAGAAAAUGAAGAGGAGGGGGAGGAGGAAGGUGGUGGCUUCACUUUCGGGAAGCAAAACAUAACCGAGAAGUUCCCAGAUGAAGAGAAGAAAAUGGAGAUGGAGCAGAAAAUGGAAGCAAAUAUCAGCUCCCAUGAUGACUCAGAGCAGCUAAAGAAGGAACCAGAGCUCCAGGAUGCCACUAAUAAAACCCAGAAGAGUCAAACCCAAGACCUGAAACCUGCAGAAGAUCCUCCACAGGAGAGCAGCAGCAAAUCUGACGUGAGGAAGGAGCCGAGUCGAGCUGCUACUGGCAGACGUAGAGCUGAAACCAGAGCUGCUGCAGGAUCCAAGGCUCCGUCCGGUGGAGCUUCGCCCGACGACGAAACGCUGUUGUCAGGCAACGAGUACGCCUUCAUGGACCUGCUGCACGAGGUUUCUCACAACAACGGCCGCUGGACCAGAGAGAGGUGGAGGCAGAUGCAGGCCAACAAGCAGAGGAGAUAAAACAGGAAAUUAGAAAAGGGUUUUUUGUAGAGAAAGUGAAUUAAAUGAAAGGUUUAUUCUCAGUCUUUAUGUUAAAGUAAAAUGAUUUCAAAGUCAGUUCUUUAAAGGUUUAACCCUCCUGUUGUCCUCAUUUACGGGCACCAAAAAUAUUGUUUCCUUGUCUGAAAAAAAUCCAAAAAUUCAGCAGAAAAAUUCCCCAAAUUUCUGAAAAUUUGCAAAACCUUUAGGAAGAAAAUUCCAAUAAUUCUUUAAAAGUUUCCCUUAAAAGCUUUAUUUAAAAAAAAAAAAAAAAUCUCCCAAAUUUGGCAAGAAAAUUCUUCUAAAUGUUUAUCAAAAAAUGAGUAAAAAUCUUCCAAAAAAAAUCCUAAAAAUAUCUAAAGUGAUCCCAUAUAUACCAGUAAAACUUCU